AAAAAGCUCAUAUUCAUUUCAUCAAUGGAAGUAGGGUUUCGUCCUGAUAUAUAAACAAAACAAAAACCCUAACCUGCGCUUCUCACCAGAGAGAGAGGCCUCAGAGAUCGUAGCCGCGUCUUCUCCGAUUCUCCGACAUGGGUGUUUUCAAGUUCCACCAGUACCAGGUCGUCGGGAGGAAGCUCCCUACCGAGACCGAUGAGCAGCCGAAGAUAUACAGAAUGAAGCUGUGGGCCACCAACGAGGUUCGCGCCAAGUCCAAGUUCUGGUAUUUUCUGAGGAAGCUGAAGAAGGUGAAGAAGAGCAAUGGCCAAGUUCUUGCCAUCAAUGAGAUCUUUGAGAAGAACCCAACAACCAUCAAGAACUAUGGUAUCUGGUUGAGGUAUCAAAGCAGGACGGGUUACCACAACAUGUACAAAGAGUACCGUGACACCACUCUAAAUGGUGCCGUGGAGCAGAUGUACAUUGAGAUGGCAUCUCGCCACAGGGUCAGGUUUCCUUGUAUCCAGAUCAUCAAGACUGCCACCAUCCCCGCUAAGCUUUGCAAGAGGGAAAGCACCAAGCAAUUCCACAACUCCAAGAUCAAGUUCCCGUUGGUGUUCAGGAAGGUUAGACCACCAUCCAGGAAGUUGAAGACUACUUACAAGGCAUCGAGGCCCAACUUGUUUAUGUAAUUUGGUCACUCGACCAACAAAGCUUAAACAGGGGUUAGUGUCAGAUAAGUCUCUGAAUCGUUCUGGUAGAACUCUCGGUUACUGUUUUUUUUCUUUUUCGGUAUUUGUUUUGACUAUCUUAGAAAGACAAACAAUUGGAGUACCUUUAGGGGUUCUAAAUCCCAUUUUUGUUCACUUCAAAAUUUGCAAUUGAUUAUGUUUGUUGCUCGAUUUUUACUAAUAUUGUUGAAUGUUACCGUCGA